GCUGACCCUCUCCCAGGACCGCCCUCCUCCUUGUUGCGGCCUACAAUGAAGCGCACAGAUCCGACAAACCCGACACCAAAGUGCGCACGGUCGAGGAUGCCGUGGGUGCUGCCAACUCCACCGAGUACACAACCAUGAUCGACGCCCUUAAGAAGUAUCUCAGCCAAGAGAUCGCCGCCUAUAUUGGCCUUUGCUACACCUUCACCACCGUCAGCAUUGCCGCCAAGGACGAGUUCGGCAUUCCCUUCUCCUAUCGCUCCCAAAACUUCUUUGCGGUCAGCACUUCGAAGGCCGAACAGACCAAAAACCGUUCCGAUCUAGACAGUCAGGAAGCGGCGCUUCGCUGCAAGCUCGCGAACUACUCCACCCAAUACUUCGAGGACCAGACCCGGGCCCUCCCUUGCGACGACGAGUUCGACUUUACUUUCGGCAAAGGAACUACACGCCGUUACUACGUGGAGCAGCAGCUUUGGGAGGCGAUGCGCUCCAUGAAAUCGGCCGUCGUCGGCAAGGAUGGAAGCGAGCUUCCGCUCAUGCCAAUCUACAACCAGAUGCGCGCCAUCGGCUUGCAAGAGUUCCAUGCCCACCGCUCCAUCAUCGUCGUCGUCCGCCGCAUCCAACUCCACCGCGUCACCGAGGAAGGGGAAGGGGAAGAGUACGAGGACGAGGAUGUGCUCCAGCACGAGCUCGGUGAACCGGAGCCCCCCUCCAACAUCACAUACACGCUUGGAACUGCCCGCGCCCUUUACUUCACACCCAACCCCGACACUGGCCACUUCGAGUUCGUCGCCAACCCGACGCCUGUGGAAAAGGAAACACCCUGCCUCUACAUCCUUGCCUGGAGUACCUACUUCGAUGACGCCACCGGAAGCGGUCUAAACUCUGCCGACCACGAAGAGUACUUCGCGGCGCUCGUGCAGUCCGACCCGUGGUGGUUGGUCAUGCAGUAUAGCGCAGGCCAUCCCCCCUACACCGGAAGCGCCAAGGACAGAACCCCCCACCACGACACCGGCUUUGACCAGGCCUGCAAGCACCAGGCCUUGAGCUUCACCUACUCCCGCGAGCACUGCGAAGGUUUCAACCUCAACAGUCAUAUCUCCGGAGAACACCGCCCCAAUCUCUGCAACGAAUACCGAAUGGCCUCCCUCAUGGCGGUUACCCGUGGCAUUACCUCUUGCCAGGAGGUCAAGAUGGGUGAGCCCGGCACCUCCUAUCUCCGCAUCAAGCGCCCCGUCGAUUUCCAGAUCGACCACCUCCAGGCCAUGUCCCUCUCUCAGGCCAUCAAGGGCUGCGAAGACUUGAUCAGGUUCCACGAGAAGGUCGAGGCGGCGGGAGCAAUCAUCGGCCCCUUCGUCGUCAGGAUGGGCACGGGCGCUGUCAGUUGCACUGACCGCGACCACGCGGACCUGAUGACCAAAACCAAGAACGUGAAUGCUGUAAAGAAGUACUAUCUUGAGAAAUAUCCCAACAACGAGAUUUUGUUUUAG